CCCAUUGACACCUCCUUUUAAAAUUGUCAAAAAAAGCGACGUGUGCUGGUUCAUCUUUUUGCAAAUAAUUUUUUAAACAAUUAAUAAGAAAAAAAUAUGAAUUCUGUCCCGGUUUUUAUAGAUUUAUCUUUGGACGAACAGGUCCAAGAAUUGAGGAAAUAUUUCAAAAAACUUGGAGCUGAAAUCUCCUCCGAGAAAUCUUCCAAAGGCAUUGAAGAUGAUUUGCAUAAAAUUAUUGGAGUUUGUGAUGUUUGCUUCAAGGAUGGCGAACCAUCACAAAUCGAUGGCAUUUUGAACAGUAUUGUGUCCAUUAUGAUUACUAUUUCCUUGGAUCGAGGAGAAAACAUCGUUUUGGCUUAUUGCGAGAAGAUGACCAAAGCACCUGACGUACCGCUGGCUAAAGUGUGUCUGCAAUCACUCUGGCGAUUGUUCAACAACCUUGACACAAGCUCACCACUCCGUUACCAUGUCUACUAUCAUCUGGUGCAAGUGGCAAAGCAAUGUGACCAAGUUCUUGAGGUUUUCACCGGAGUCGAUCAACUGAAAGCCCAAUUUGUCAAUUGUCCACCAUCAAGCGAACAAAUGCAAAAGCUGUAUCGCCUACUCCACGACGUUCUUAAAGACACCAACAUUGAACUAUCGGCUAAGGUAAUGAUUGAACUUUUAGGCACCUACACCGCUGACAAUGCUUGCGUUGCCCGUGAAGACGCGAUGAAGUGCAUUGUCACUGCUCUCGCUGAUCCCAACACUUUCCUAUUGGAUCCAUUGCUUUCAUUGAAACCAGUUCGUUUCCUUGAGGGUGAUUUGAUUCAUGAUCUUUUAUCCAUUUUCGUUGUGGAUAAACUUCCUUCGUACAUUCAAUUCUACGAGAACCACAAAGAGUUUGUGACUUCCCAGGGCCUCAACCACGAACAAAAUAUGAAGAAAAUGCGUUUGUUGACUUUUAUGCAAUUGGCUGAGAGUAAUUCCGAAAUGACAUUUGAACAAUUAACCAAGGAAUUGCAAAUCCCUGAAGAUGAAGUUGAACCUUUCAUCAUUGAAGUUCUCAAAACUAAACUGGUGCGAGCUCGUUUAGAUCAGGCCAACAAAAAAGUUCACAUUUCCAGCACAAUGCACAGGACAUUUGGAUUCUCGCAGUGGGAACAAUUGCGUGAUUUAUUGCAAGCGUGGAAGGAAAAUUUAAAUGUUGUCAAAGAUGGUCUUCAAAAUGUUUCAGCUGCUCAACUCGAAUUGGCCAAGGCACAGAAAUUGAUUCAUUAGAAUAAAGCUAAGAAUAUAGAAGUUUAAAUAAACCAACACAACAGCAACUUACUACAUAAACAACAACAAAUAAUAAGAAGGGUAUCGUUUUAUAUAUAUAAAAAAAGAGUAGAAUUUUUUAGUUUCUAUUGAAUUAUUUCUGUAAUUCUUGAAGAAGAAAAUAAUAAAACUUUCUCUGGACGAAA